AUGAAAGGUCAACCCCCUCCUAAGAAAAGUAAGAAUUUGUAUUCGUUCUUUUCAAAGAUAGAUCAAUCUAGUGAAACUGCAACUGUUGAUGGAUUGACUGAGGCACAACCUUCAAUUUCUACUGAGCAAAUUCCUCCAAUUCCAUCUUCAGAAAUUGAACAUUCUUUGUCCUCAACCCCUGAAUUACAACCAUUUACAGCCAUUGAACGAGAUCCAGGAAAAAGAAAGCAAUUAUAUGAACAUCCUAUUAAUCUACGUGAUGAGAUUAGAGUGACAUAUCUAAAAGUUGGGCCUUAUCAACCAAAACUUAUAGAGUAUCCGAGGACAGAAGGAAAAUCACAAGCUCGUCAUUUUCAAGAAAAAUGGUUCAAUCAGUUUCCUUGGUUGGAGUAUUCGCCUACGAUGGAUAAGGCCUACUGUUUCUAUUGCUUUCUUUUUCAAAUUUGUGGUAAUUUUUCCAAUAGUUCAGCAUUGGUCAUUACUGGAUAUUACAAAUGGAAGAGAGUUAAUGAUGGAUUAAAAUGUGCUUUUCUUACUUAUGUUGGCUCAUCAAAUCAUAAUAUGUGUGAGAGAAGAGCAAAAGAUUUGAUGAGACCAUCUCAACAUAUUGACAAGGUGAUGCAUAUCGUGAUGAGGGAAGAAGUUGAGAGACGUCGGUUGCGUGUGAAGACUUCAUUUCGAAGUGUUCAAUGGCUAGCAUUUCAAGGUUGUGCCUUUAGAGGUCAUGAUGAAUCUUCAUCUUCAUUGAAUCGUGUGAAUUUUAUUGAGAUGAAUGCUCCACAAAAUGCUCAAUACAUUGCUCCAAGUAUUCAAAAAGAAAUGUUGCACAUUAUGGCCAAUAGAGUAAGAAGGAUGAUUCGGGAAGAAGUUAGGGAUGAAUACUUUUGUAUUCUUGUUGAUGAAGCACAAGAUGCAUCUAAUCGAGAGCAAAUGGCAAUAAUCUUGAGGUUUGUGAAUUGUCGGGGUAUUUUGAUAGAACGCUUCUUUCAUAUCAAAAGCGUUAGUAAUACCACAUCAGCAAAUCUAAAAAAUGAGAUAUCCAAUAUUCUUGUUCAACACGAGCUUCAGUUGGCAUUAGUUUUUGCAGCUAGAGAUGUUGAUGUUAUUUGGCAAUUCUUUUCUCAUUUGGACAAUAUUAUCACUUCUUCUCCAAAGUGCGUUACUGAGUUGCAAGCUACUCAAAGAAAAAAAGUUGAGCGUAUGUUGGCUAUUAGAGAACGUGAGUCAGGAAGUGGGGCUAAUCAAGUGGUUCUUCAAAAAUUGAGAGAUGAUGACUGGAAAGAAUUUUUUCAGAAAGUGAAAAGCUUUUGCUCUAAGUAUGAUGUUGACAUACCUGAUCUAGAUAGCUUCUAUAAGGAACUUGCUGAGAAAAUAGAUCUAGAUUCUAUUGUAGAUGAAUUUUAUGUUUCAAAACCUCGUUGA